CCACGAGAGUCAUCUAGUCUAACCCCUCGCAAUGCAGGAAUUUUUCACCCAGCGUGGGACUCGAACCCACAACUCUGAGAUGAAGUGUCUCAUGCUUCCACUGACAGAGCUAUUCAGCAGCCCAUUAAUAACUUAUUAUUAUUAUCACCAGUGCUUUUUCUGGGGGGACAUAGGGGCACGCAUACCCCUAAACAUUUUGUGAAUCUUUGCACUUUUGUCCAUUUACUGUAUUUAUUUCCCCCGAUUUGAACUAUAAAAUUGUGAUUUUCUUGAUUCCAAAUGAGAGCACUCCUAAACAUUUUUUUUAAAAAAGCACUGAUUAUUACUAUUACUACAUAGGUUCAUAGAGUUGGAAGGGGCCACGAGGGUCAUCUUGUCCAACCCCCUGUAAUGGAGGAAUCUUUCACCCCUCGUGGGACUCGAACCCACAACCCUGAGAUGAUGAAGCCUCUCAUGCUCUACCGAAGGAGCUAUUCAGCAGCCCAUUAACAUCAUCAUCAUCAUCAUGAUGUGCUAGGGCAAAAGCUUUCCAGCUUGCAGGGCUCGGGGAGAAGGCAGAAAGGGCCACCUGCCGGCGGGACCGGUUGUUCCAUUGCACCAGUUUCCCGGCUAGGACAUUUUUGCUCGCGAGUAAACCCAGCCCCCGCCGUCAGAGAGAGAGAGGCGCCUGGGGGAAAGGACCCGAGGCCCCUCCUCCCCUCCCCUUCCCUCCCCGCGGCGAGCGAGGGACGCUGGAACGUUGGCGUCGCCAUGGCAACACGACGCUUUCUCUCCCCCCCCCCUCCCCGCACGGCGACGGUGUGGCUGCCCUGGCGGAAGGAAGAGCCCCUCUCGCGCCCCGGAGGAUGCCGCUCAAGGUGGUGGUGGAGCUACAGAUCCAUGCGGUGAGGCCGGCAGGAGAGGGGGGCUGUGCAGGGCCAGAUGCGGAGAACCUCAAAAAUGUAGCUGCGAGAUCCUAUCAACACGUGUUUGUGUGCAUACACGUAUAUACCUUGUCUACAUGAAUGUAUAUAUGUGUGUGUGUGUGUGUGUGUGUGUGUGUGUUUGUGGUGAGGAUGCCACUGGAGGUGGAGCUGCAGAUCCACACGCCAAGGCGGGCAGGAGAGGGGAGGACCCCAGAAAUAUAGCCCCCCCCUCUAUAUAAUAUGUGUGUAUGCAUGUAUAUACAUUGUGUGUGUGUACACAUACACAGUUGCCAACAUAGCAGUUCGAACGCACUUCAAAGUGCAAGUAGAUAAAUAGGUACCGCUCCGGCGGGAAGGUAAACAGCGUUGCUCUGGUUCGCCAGAAGCGGCUUAGUCAUGCUGGCCACAUGACCCGGAAGCUGUAUGCCGGCUCCCUCGGCCAAUAAAGCGAGAUAAGCGCCGCAACUCCAGAAUCGGCUACGACUGGACCUAAUGGUCAGGGGUCCCUUUUCCUUUACCUUUACACAUACACAGUGCUUUUUUAAAAAAAGGUGCCGUACUCACCCUGAAGUAGUUACAAUCAGUGCCACACUUUUAACAUUUGAAAAAAAAGGUGCCAGCACUGCAUACUUUUGAGUAACCCCAGGAAAAAAGCACUUAUGUAUGUAUGUGUGUGUUUGUGUGCCUGUGUGUGUGUGCAUCUAUGUAUAUGUGUGUGUCUGUCUAUCUAUCUAUCUAUCUAUCUAUCAUCUGCUCUUCCCUUUUUCUUUUUUCCUUUUUGCCCCUAGUUGGGAGAGGGAAAGUUGCAGUGGAAGUGAAGGCGGGAAGCCAAAGCCCUGUUUCUUUCUGCAAAAAACGCUAACUUAUUUCCAAGGGAGAGAAGCCAGAGUUCAACCUCGAUCGCGAUGCCGUUAGGAUUUGCCGUUCCCCAGUCCAGUUGGGGAGCGGGUGAUUGCCUGUGCUCUACACAUGCCCAGAGGUUUUCUCAUCUAUAUGUGUGCUGUUUGAACUGUGUAAAGUUUCAUCAUCCAAGAACAUUUGAAAUAUAGAGGAGAAGGCCCAGGGCGGGGAGGAAUCAGCAGAAAAACGGGGAGCUCCUUCAUUUUUCCACAUUCCACCCCACCCUGGCCUUCACGUCUCUAAUUCACAAUCAGUCUUUGGUUACAAUUGUGGGGUUCUCUGCACUGUGGUUUAGAGUAGGGCUGGAUCUCAGGUUAUAGUUUAAAGAGAAGCCAGCAGCGUAGAAUGUAAACUUACUUUCCAAGCCAGAAUAUGUUAUUGUUCUUACUUGUCCAAGAUUCACUGAUGGAGAAAAGAUCACUGGACAUUGUGUUCACUGUUUGAGCUCCCCCAUCAUGGCAUCACCAUUCAUAUUAAUGGUGAGAAGGGUUCCUGGCAAAGUUUUGUGCGCUAGCAUGACGUAUGGAGCUGUGGGUUAAACCACUGAGCCUAGGACUUGCUGAUCAGAAGGUCGGCGGUUCGAAUCCCCACGACAGGGUGAGCUCCCGUUGCUCUGUCCCUGCUCCUGCCAACCUAGCAGUUCAAAAGCACGUCAAAGUGCAAGUAGAUAAACAGGUCCCGCUCCGGCGGGAAAGUAAACAGCGUUUCCGUGCGCUGCUCUGGUUCACCAGAAGUGGCUUAGUCAUGCUGGCCACAUGACCCAGAAGCUGUACACCAGCUCCCUCAGCCAAUGAAGCGAGAUGAGCGCUGCAACCCCAGAGUUGGCCAUGACUAGACCUAAUGAUCAGGGGUCCCUUUACCUUUUAGACCAAGUAAAUGUUUGAGUGAAUUCUGGGUCUAUGAUGGUGGUGCUCGGAGCUGGCUCAACACAUUUUGCUGGCUGAGGUGGAACAGCAAACACUGCCUGCCCCAUUAAGUUAUAUAUUUUGGCAACUGAGUUAGAGAAUCCCAUGAGCAACUCUUCUGCUUACCCAGUGGCAGUAAAAAUGAUCAUGCAUGGAGUAACUAGCCAUUUGCUUCCCUUUAUAACCCUCAAAAUUAGAUGCCCGAGGCGGCUGCUAUUUGUCAUGCUAUGUCUGUUCAUCAUUUUGCAGUUGGUGGCAAACAAUCACGAUGCACCUUCUGCUUCUGUCUCCUUUCAACUGUUCUGUUCUUCUCUCCCAUCACAGGUCUCUUGUCCUGGUGUGUACUUGACGGACAAGAAUGAUGUUUAUCUGCAUGUUUGCAUCCUGGGCCAAUGCAAGGAAACUGAGAGCCUUCGACCCAUCUUCCCUCUCUUGUUCCACGAGAAAAUGUGGUUUGAAAAGGUAACCUAGGAUUGUGUCUUGCAAAAUCCUUGCCUAAGAUGUAUUUAUUCUCUCCCCCCCUUUUUUUGAACCUAAGCACUCGUCUGUAUCAGGUCGAGAGUCUGGCUGAAGGCCAAAAGCUCUGCAUAGUCUUGGACACAACAAACGUAAAUGGGUGAGGGGAUUGUGUAUGUUUUAUCUCCAUUUUGCAUUUGCCAUAGUCAAAAAUGCCAUGCUUGUUAGGAGGCAAGUAUUGUUAACUGUGAGAUGCAAGGCUCAGAGGCAUCCUGAGGGAAUUAACAUGCUGCUGCCCAGUGCUACUCAUUUCAUCCCAUAAUAAGCCUUCUGGUAGGGGUUCAAGGCAGCACAGGGCAACACCUGACACAUGACCCUCCCUCCCCUCAAACCAGCCCUGUUCGGUGGGAUUGAAGAUAACAUCCAUACUCUUCUAGCAGGGCUUGAUCUUGAUCAGUGGCACUAUCAAUUUAGUUCACAAAAUCUAUACGCAUCUUGCCCAUAUAUUGGAGUAUUUUGGUGCUCUUUUCUUGGAAUAUAGUUGAUGAGUGACUGCAGGUUUGUUUGUUUUAUCAAGGAAUCUGAAAGUCAUAAGCACACUUUUUAAUUCUUGAGACUACUGUUCUUUGGCUUAAUGCAGUAGAAACAAAAUAGAAAAAGGGCAUUUCCUUCCAACGAUUGUUCUUUAAUAUACUGUAUUGUGGGAUAUAUAGAACUUUUGCAGGACAAAAGCAUAUAAAUCUUUGGAAGUGCAGUAAUAUGUACAUUUCUUUAAAUUUAAUCAGCUGAUUGAUCAAUCUGUUAAAACUGUGUGUGGUAUUCAACUAGGUUUUACUCAAAGAAGACCGAUUGAAAUUAAAGGACGUUGUCAUAUUCAUUAAUUUCAGUGGGUUUAUCCUGGGCACAACUUUGUGGUUUUAAUCACAUGGGAAAUGAUUUAAUUGGUUAAUAGCUUUAAUAACUUUAUCCUUGUCUUUGCCUUCGCUUCCGUUCUGUAGGUAUUUGAAAAAGCUACAGAUCCUGUUGCUGUUGUAGAACUGCUAGAAAGUAAGUUUUCCUUUCUGUUAUCUGUUGCUGAAGGUACUGUAAUUACUGCAGGUCCAUGAUGAUAUUUCCAGUGGCUUGGUUCAGAUGCAAUGGAAAACUAUGGUUUCCUUCUAUGUGAAUGGGCUACACAGUCCUCAGCCUUGCACCGGCAACCCCCUCCCAACUUCCUCUUUCAUGUAGCAGAGGAUAAAAGUGAAAGCGUCUCCUUUAAACUAAGCAUAGUUCCCUGUGGCAUCUAAACUUGGGUAGCCGUGGUUGGAGAACUGUGGUUGCUCUAAAACUGGAAACGGAAGCUUUUGAUCCCAGACACGAAGGAGAAGAGUGGAGAAGGAGGUGCAUGCAAACCUUGGUGUGGCUUGUUCUCCUACCAGGAAACAAUGGUUUCACAUUGUGUCGGGUCCAACCAGUAUGUCAUGCUUCAUAUUUAUUUCCCAGAAAAGCUUGUGGGUGAUGUAUAGUUUUUGACCAUUCAGGAGGGGCUUCUUCUUUUCACCAUAACAACCGGGGAAUAUAGUGUUAUGAGUUUCGGGGGAGGGUAGUCUGUAUGCCUUUUUUUGUGGUGUUUCAAAUCUAUAUGAUUUCCACAAUGCCCCAGGUAAAUGGGGGGUUGCCUGUAUAUUCAAAACCCAUUGAGUUCAAUGGGGGUAGAAUUGCCAGAGUCUACCCCCCCGAAGCCUGCCUCCUUUCCAUCCCCUUUUAUAUUUUACAUUUUUAUUUUCCCCAUAAAGUUGAACAUGCACAAGUUGCAGGCUUAAUGCAUAGUUUAAAUAUUACAUGUCUCUCUCAUGAAUAACAUAGUUUGUUCCUCUUCUUUUAGGAAAUGUAACAAAGUUCCGAUUAGUCGAAGUGGUACCUUCAGGUAAACAGGAGAAACCUAUUCUUCACAACUUCCAUAAACUCUGCAAUGAAAGAAUGAAUCUUGGAUGAUGUUGGGGUUAGAGAUGCUGAUUUCUUUUUCCCCGUAGUGUUUCUGUAUCUUCUGUUAUUACUUAGGAGGAGGUGAUACAAGACAAAAUAUAUAUGCCAUUUUAAUUCUGGAAAAAUAUGUCCGUCUGUGCAACAUUCAUGGAAAUUAGCUGGCUGGUGGCAUUUUGUUGUACAGGAGAACUGAACACAUGGUGGCAGAAUAAGCCUUCUAUAAGAUUCAGUCCUAAAUUGCUUAGAAAGCUUGUGGUGUCAUCUUGUUUAGCUGUUUGUGUGAUCAGUUUGCUCUCAGAAGGGCUUUCAGGUGAUGAGGAAAGACCCUUUUAAUUCUUAAAACUGUACUCAUGUCACUGCAUGCAAUUUAUUUAUUUUUUAAUGGAAUUUGGCAAAACUCAAAAAUAUUUUAAACCUAAUUCUUCCCAUUCCCCACUGCUCCAUAUAUAUCUUUUCAUUUAACUGCUAGUAUGAUCAACUACACCUUGUGAGAGCCUUUAAAAAUUCACAACGAUUAACUGAUCCAACGGUAGGAAAAACUCAGUAACCUAUGCAGUUCAUAGCUGUUGUAGUUUUCAUCUAUGAAGAUGAGGGUGAAAAUUUCAAGAUCUUUGUUGUCAGGGCUCUUUUUCAGCCGGAACCCACCAAAACUCCUUAACUAUAGGAGCUAGUUCCAAGUUAUGAAAAUCUAAGAAAAAAAUUAAUAAUAAUAAUGGGGAAAAACCCCCUAUAGAAGAAGAAGAAGAGUUUGGAUUUGAUAUCCCGCCUUUCACUCCCCUUCAGGAGUCUCAAAGCGGCUAACAUUCUCCUUUCCCUUCCUCCCCCACAACAAACACUCUGUGAGGUGAGUGGGGCUGAGAGACUUCAAAGAAGUGUGACUGGCCCAAGGUCACCCAGCAGCUGCAUGUGGAGGAGCGGAGACACGAACCUGGUUCCCCAGAUUACGAGACUACCGCUCUUAACCACUACACCACACUGGCUAUAGGAGUUAGUUCCCACAGCACAACACAAAUUCUAGUGGCUGAAUUUCCUCUUACACCUCCUCCUCCUCCUCCUAAUCCGGCUCACGGAAUUUCUGCAGAUGUGUUGUACACUUUGCAACAGAAUGUUUCUUGGAGAACCGUGAGCAAUGAAAAUGGCCUUUUUUGACUUGCGCUGUGAAGAGGGCUUGUGAUCCUUUGUGGGGGACAGGUUACACUGUUUGCUUGCAUUAUCCUAGCACUCUUUCUCCUUUUGUUUCACAUUUCAGGGAAAGGUGAGCUUGCAUUUUAUGAAGCGAAUACUCGAGGUUUUCUGUUUCCAGAGCCUAAACUGACUCCUGCGUAUCCCGGUGUGGACAGAGAGUUACUAAUGAAGACACGCCCUUCUUUCCCAGUAAGUGGUUAUGGAAUGUGUAUCCCAAAAAACAGAAACAUCUGCUCGGUAGCCGGUUCUUGCUUAUGUCACAGUGAUUCCUAACAUGCAGUAAACAUUUAUCUUCUUUAUUUACCUUGGUUUAUUUAACGCUGGAACCAUUAAGCUAUGGGAACCAUUAGGAAAACAGCUGCGGCACCAUCAGAACAAAACAGAACACAGCCCCUCACAGUCAAAAUAGGCAGAAGAGAAAAUAAUUAAGUAGCAUGGUGUGUCUCCAUUAGAAAAUUACGAAUCCCUUGCUGGCCUAGUCCUCACACGAUAUGGCAGUGCAUGGCUAGCAAAGUUAAAUCUGGUUCCUUGUUUGUUGUACAGUGGCACCUUGAUUCUCAAAUACCUUGGAACUCAAAUGCCUUGGUUCUCAAACACCGAAAAUCCAGAAGUAAGUGUUCCGAUUUUUGAACGUUUUUUGGAAGCCAAAUGUCCAAUGCGGUUGCCGGCUAUUGUUUCCGGGGCACCUGAACCAAUCAGAAGCUGGGCCUUGGUUUUCGAGCAUUUCGGAAGUCAAACGGACUUCUGGAACAGAUUAAGUUUGGUGCUUUUGUUUUUGCUAUUUAUUUUGCGUUAUUGUUUUUGAGGCUUUUUCGGUUAAUUUGUUUUUGUGACUGUGUGGAACCCAGUUUAGCUACUGAUUGAUUGAUUGAUUGAUUGUGUGACUGCGGAAAUGGAUAAAAGCCCCCCAUCCAAACAAUGACUAUCAUCAGUGCAGGUAACAAAAAAUAAUAAUUUUAAUUUCUAUCAUCUACAAUUCUGUCUUAUUUAUUUUAUAGUACAGUGUAUUGAUUUUUGCUUUCAUUUUAUGGAUCAAUGGUCUCGUUAGAUAGUAAAAUUCAUGUUAAAUUGCUGUCUUAGGGGUUGUUUUUAAAAGUCUGGAACGGAUUAAUCCAUUUUGCAUUACUUUCUAUGGAAAAGCAUGCCUUGGUUUUGGAACGUUUUGGUUACAGAACGGACUUCCGGAAUGGAUUAAGUUUGAGAACCAAGGUACCACUGUAUCUGACUUCUCUAACGUCUGAGGAGAUGGCUCUUCUGUGAACAUAAGUUUCAUGGGUGUCUGUUCAAUAAACAAGUGUCUUUUAUUGCGAGGAAAGACCUAAUUGGUGCCAAGUGGGGGAUUCCCCCCACCCAAAUGCAAAUAGCAGCUUCAGAGGAGGAGUUUUUUCCCCAGCAUUGCAUCAGGGGUAGAAUCAUAAGGUCCAUGGGACCCAGGCUACUUUGGGCUUUAAGGUAAUGACUAACACUUAGAAUUGGGCCUGGAAUCCAUAUUAACUGUCUCAUACCUUACCGUCAGCUUCAGGAGAGCUGUUGCUGGACCUGCUGGAUGGCGGGUGUCAGGGUGGGCAUCCUUCAGCAGGGCUCCACUGCCAAUCCCUGGAGCCUCCCCUGGCUCUCUUUCUCCACGCGAUUCCUGCUGGUUCAUCUGCUUUCUCAAAGUGAGCGAGCGGUGAGAAGAGGAGCUGUACACUCUGCAUGCCUGCUCAUCUCCUUUGGGGAGGUGGUGGUGCAGAUCAACUCAGAGGGACAAAUAAGUACAGCAGCAACAGUUGUGUGGGAGGGGCAGGCAAGUGCUUUUAGGAAACAGGGUGCACUAGGAGCAUGUUUCUCCCCAAAACCUGGAUCCAGCCUUCUCUAUGGUGGUGCCUCAGUGUGGAACAUGCUCCCAUGCCAGACCCGCCGGGGCCCUUCUCUUCUCGCACGGAAGAUACGUUUGGUUCAGAAGCCUUUGGAUUAUCAAUAGCUACGAUGUUUGACUUUUUAACUCAUCCACCAGUGCUAUUCAUGAGUCUUUCUACAGAAGUUUGUUGUGUAUGUUUUAAUCGUGAAAUGUUGUUGAUUUUGAUAUUUAAUGGUGAGUUUUUAACCAGGUUUGUUAGCAUCUUACAGUGAGGGGGGGAAAGUAUUUGAUCCCCUGCUAAAUUUGCCCGUUUGCCCUCUGACGAAGAAAUGACCAGUCCAUAAUUUUAAUGGUAGGUUUAUUGUAACUGUGAGAGACAGAAUAACAACCGGAAAACCCCCAGAAACCCAGAAGACAAAAGUCAGAGAUUGAUGUGCAUUAUAAUGAGUGAAAUAAGUAUUUGAUCCCCUAUCAACCAGCCAGAUGUCGGGAAGGGCAAAUUUCCCCCCUCACUGUAGAAAUGCCAUGAAGUAAAAUAGGCAGGAAAUUCAAUAGAACAAAAAAAUGGAGUCAUGUGUGCUGAAUUCUUUGAUGCUACUGGAGUGCUCUGAUUAAAAAGCAGUACAAAACUUUGGGAAGUAAAUAAAUAUCUCCAGCACCUGACAACAGCCAGGCUGCCAAAUUCUGCAUCUGUUGUCGCUUCUUUUUACUUCCGGGGAUUUUAGCUGUGGUUAGAACUGGCUGACUUGUCCUAUUUGUUAAUGUAAGGAUGCUUGUUCAUGUACAGGUACAGCCACGCAGCAAAGCAGAGUGGGUUACAUCACCAUAGGUACGGCAGUGGCAAUCCCAUUAUAAAAUGUUUCUGACACAUAUUAGCCAAAUUUAUUUCUUUUGAACUGUGCUAUGUAGCCACUGUGUCGUGAACGCUGGUCAAAAUGUUACCACGCCGACCUAUCGCCCUACAAGCCUCAGCCACUUCUGGCGAUGGCAGCUGUUUCACAGUGCCACAGUUGUGAUUUUUUUGUGAUGGAACAAUCAUGUCUUUUCCCAAACAGCAUUUGAUAGGGUCUAGACUUUAAUAGGUGAGUUUUAAACCCUUACUGUGCUGAAAGGUGCUUAAUUAUUUACAGGAAUUUGCACCCUUUUCCAGGUAAAAGACAUCUGCUCCAAAUGUUGGGAUGCUUCUGUAGGAUUGUGAGGCAAUAUCUCUGGUUUUGCUCUCCUAAGCUUUCUCUUCUAAUAGUUACAUACCAUAUUUGUCACUUUCAUGAAUAAAUGCAUUGAAAAUGCCCAAGUAUAAUUUAUCUUUGCUAUAGCCUGGCAAAGAUGUGGAUAUAGCAGAGACCUUUAGUAGGCAUUUCUGUUUGUUCCAUAUUGAACACAUGCAGCCAUCCUAAUUUCUAUUAAGUACAGUGGUACCUCGGGUUAAGUACUUAAUUCGUUCCGGAGGUCCGUACUUAGCCUGAAACUGUUCUUAACCUGAAGCACCACUUUAGCUAAUGGGGUCUCCUGCUGCUGCGCCGCCAGAGCAUGAUUUCUGUUCUCAUCCUGAAGCAAAGUUCUUAAGCUGAAGCACUAUUUCUGGGUUAGUGGAGUCUGUAACCUGAAGCGUAUGUAACCUGAAGCGUAUGUAACCUGAGGUACCACUGUACUCAAAUGGUCCUUUAAUUCUGUUUUUCUUUUUCUUUUUUAUCAUGGUUGGGAAAUUGUUGACAUACUUACAUGGGGAAUUUGCUGCUUACUGUUUUCAGUUUUACUUAUAGCACACUGGCCGCCUAUUCCUAUGCGUGGUUUACUCAGGAGUAAGUGUCAAUGAAUUGAGUGGGAAGUACUCCCGGGUGUGCAUUGAACUAUAAUCUUGACCCAUUUCAUACUUUUUAUGAAGGCUUAAAAAAAAAAACUCUCACAUGUAAGGCUGCCUAACAGGCCAAACCUAUUCAUGUAUACCUGAGGGAGCGUCUCCACCCCCAUCGUUCAGCCGGGACACUGAGGUCCAGCUCCAAGGGCCUUCUAACUGUUCCCUCACUGCGAGAAGCAAAGUUACAGGGAACCAGGCAGAGGGCCUUCUCAGUAAUGGCCCCCGCCCUGUGGAACGCCCUGCCAUGAGAUGUUAAGGAAAUAAACAACUACCUGACUUUUAGAAGAUAUCUGAAGGCAUCCCUGUUUAGGGAAGCUUUUAAUGUUUGAUGUUUUAUCACUUUUAUCACUAUGAUGAUGAUGUUGGGAGCCGCCCAGAGUGGCUGGGGGAAACCCUGCCAGAUGGGCAGGGUAUCAACAAUAAAUUAUUAUUAAGAACCAAGCUCCACCAAACCUAAGGGAACUUUCACCCAUAUGAAUGAAUUUAGGCUGCAGUUCUAAAUGCACUUGCAAGAGAGCACAUCCCAUUAAAUCAAGUGGGGCAGGACUUAUUUCUAAGUAACCAUGUUUAGGAUUGCCUUGCAAAAGAUUAAAAUAGCAAAAUCUAUUUUAAAAUAAUAAUAAUAAUAUCUAACUGCAUUUCUUUUACACAAAUUUCUCAUUCUUUUUUCAAAUCUUUAAGGGCAUUGCACCAAAAUUAGAGUUUUCCACAAGGACAACUAUUACAGAACUUCCACUUCUGUCCAGAAGAUGGUAUCGUGUAAGUAAUUUUAGCUAAUUAACUCAGAGAUGAACGGCAACAUUUUCAGUCGCACCCAAUCUCUCUUAAUACCUCAUUGCGUCUAGUAUGACAUAGCAGUCGUAGCAAUUCUGUAUCUAGAUAGUUCUCUUCAACUUCUGCUCAGAUUAUUAGCUACCUGGAAUUAGCCCUAAGGAGCAGAAGGCUGUAACCAUUUAAAUUUUUUAUCAUCCCUAAAAGUGGUACUCUUGUUCAAAGAUAAUUCAGGGCUAGGCGUUGUCAUCCUCCAGUGGAUGCCUGGGUCUCAGUUCAAGGAGGAGACAAAGAAAGCGCGGUUCAAGGUGUAUGCAGUGCUUUCUUGCUGGGGUUACGCAGGGGUACGCAUACCCCUAAACAUUUUGUGAAUCUAAGUUUGGCCUCAUUGAGGGGCAGUAUUUCAAUAUGAGUAGGAAAAUGAGAGUACCCCUAAACCCCUUACCUUUCCCGCCCUGACCUGGCCACAGUGAUCCAUGCGACGGUCACCUCCAGGCUUGACUACUGUAAUUCACUCUACGCGGGGCUGCCCUUGAAGCUGUCCCAGAAACUCCAGCGGGUGCAGAAUGCUGCAGAGAGGCUCCUCACAGGGUCUCUGCCAUGGGAGCAUAUUCACCCAGUGCUUUUCCAGCUGCACUGGCUCCCGGUGCAGUACAGGGUCAGAUUUAAGGUGCUGGUUUUGACCUUUAAAGCCCUUCAUGGCCUAGGACCCUUGUACCUACGGACCACCUCUCCCGGUAUGCCCCACGGAGAGCAUCAAGGUCCAUAAAUAGCAACACCCUAGUGGUCCUGGGCCCUAAGGAAGUUAGAUUAGCUUUAACCAGAGCCAGGGCCUUUUCAACUCUGGCUCCGGCCUGGUGGAACACUCUGCCUCAUGAAACCAGGGCCCUGCAGGAUCUGAUUUCUUUCCGCAGGGCCUGUAAGACACAGUUGUUCUGCCUGGCCUUUGGCUUGGAGCCAGUUUGAUUUCCUCCCGCUCUUUCUUUUUUCUUUUUCCUUUUCUCCUCCUGUGAUGAGACUGCAUUUUAAUAUUUUAAUGUUUCAAUGUUUCAAUGUUUCAAUGUUGUAUUUUAAUCUUGUUUUUAAGUUGUAUACAUUCAACUUGUUUUUAUUAUUGCUUGUUAGCCGCCCUGAGCCUGGCCUUGGCUGGGGAGAGUGGGGUAUAAAUAAAAAUUAUUAUUAUUAUUAUUAUUAAACUUUUUUUAGAAAAAAAAUAACACUGCAUGUAUGAGUCUGUCUUUCCGGAUUGGGGCAAAACAAAGUUAAACAAUUUCUGUCGAUGAUCUCAUUUUUCACCUGUCCAGUGAGAUAGCCAGGGGACACAACUUCUUGCUGUGUGGAUAUUUCCUCUGCCAUACAUAUUCACUUUCUGUAGUCAGGUCUCCAGGCAGCGGGUGUAGAUAUUAAUGUAUUUUGCAGGGCAGAAAUAAGAGCAGGUUGAGAAGGGCUGUCUCAGCAUCGCCCCGGCGGAGGAGCAUUUCACCGGCACGAUGUAAGACAACAAAGAAUAAGGGCUGUAGGCGAUUCUCAAGAUCAUUCCCAUCGCGCUCUCCGUCUCCAACAAGACGUCUCCAGGAGUUUUGCAGGGAAAGCCGGCAGCAGACGCCUUCUCUGAGCUUGAGGUCUGUUAAGUUCAAGUCAGAAUCAGACCCCAGGCCGCCUUUUGUAGUUCGACAUGUAAGUCCUAAGAAUGUAACUUUUUAAAAAUUGCCUGGCCAGGCAAACUGGGCGUUCAUCACUGUUCCUCCCGGUAGAUGACAAAAGGGAAAUUAUAGGGGUCCGCAAACGGAAUGCCGUACAAAAAUACUUCUGUACAAGGUACACUAAGGGUGUAAAUACGCUCUGUAGAAACGAGAAGAACCUGCCAGUUUCGAUCAAUAGAAAAGUAAGAUUUUGGAAUGAAUAAUAGGGCCCAAUUGCCCUAUUGGAUCGCUGCAGAGUCCAAAUUGUUUACAACAAUAUCAGUGGGAUGUGCGAGGGCUCCAAGGCCUCCUAGUAGAUUAUCCUAUGCAUGGUGACGAUCUGGAGGGGACAAUACCAUAUUCAGGCCUGGAUGCAGUCUUAAGCAUCUUGUCAUAAUGUGAAAUGCAAUUCUGUGUUCUAAUAAGACUCCUUCGUCAGGGCACAGCGUAGUCUGCAGCCUGCCCAGAGACUUCUGGGCCCUGAUAUCCUGCAAGACCCGCACUCAAGUCUUUGCCACCACAGACACGUCUAGGUAUUACGUGACGCAGGCUGUAAAUUUAGUAGACUAGCAGGCUGGGAAGGACAAAAACGUGAGUGCUGGAACUGACCUCCCACGUAUUGUCAUAGUCCAGAGCACAUCAAGCAAGCGUUCGAUUCAGCAGCGUAUUCCAUCGCGACAGUUAAUCUAGAGAAGUCGUUUGGGGAAUGCAGCUGCUGUGCAUUUAUUUCCAGGGUAUCGGGCAACAUGCAACUAUUUGAAAUCAGAAAGAAACUUCUCUCAUGGACAGGGUAUUCCAUAUUAGUCCGUUACACAUUUUCAUUUAACAGUUAGGUUGAAUAUCAAAUUGCUUUAAUAGCUAAUCUUUGGCACUCUGACCAGUCACUGAUUCCAAGUGCUACUCCUGUACAGUGGUACCUCAGGUUAAGUACUUAAUUCGUUCCGGAGGUCCGUUCUUAACCUGAAACUGUUCUUAACCUGAAGCACCGCUUUAGCUAAUGGGGCCUCCUGCUGCCGCUGCGCCGCCGGAGCACGAUUUCUGUUCUCAUCCUGAAGCAAAGUUCUUAACCUGAGGUACUAUUUCUGGGUUAGCGGAGUCUGUAACCUGAAGCAUAUGUAACCUGAAGCGUAUGUAACCCGAGGUACCACUGUACAGGCAAACCUUGGAGAUACUGCAGGUUUGGUUCCAAGCCGCCUCAAUAAAGCAAUAAUAAUAAUUUUAUUACUUACACCCUGCCCAUCUGACUGGGUUGCCCCAACCGCCAUAAAAACACAGCAAACAUGGCAAAAAAAAGCAAUUCUCUUGGUUUCCCAGUGCGUAUAAAAGUUGUGUUUGCACUAUACUGUAGUCUGUUAAGCCAGGCACCCCUGGUUACAGGGGCGAGAGGAGAAAAACCCUGGGCAACGGAGCAGACCGUGGUUAGCCAGAGUGGAAGCGAAAGCUUCUGAACUCUUCCUUGCAGCUGUCAAGAGAAGGAGAGGGGUGGCCAGCAGGGAGACACAUGCAACCUCAGCAGAAAUCUAGGCUUGUUCAUUUCUCUCUAAACCACAGUUUAAUGUGACACAGGAGUGGUUCACCCAGUGGGGCAGGAGGGAGAGGAAUGUGGCGGCGAUGGCAAAGUCAUGGCUUUGCAGAUGCAUCGACAAAAGCGGCGGACAAGGUCCAGUGUUGUGUCCCUCCAGUAAGCAACAAUAACACCAUUACUGGAAGGCUGUUGUGGUUUCAGGUGUGGCUGAAUAAUGCAAAAUCAGCCAGUGGGGCAGAAUGACUCAUCCCAAGCAGGGUUAAUUUAGAACAGCGGUUCUCAAUUUGUGGGUCCCCAGAUGUUGUUGGACUACAACUCCCAUCAUCCCUGAGCUCUGGCCUUGCUAGCUAGGGGUGAUGGGAGUUGUAGUUCAACAACAUCUGGGGACCCACAGGUUGAGAAAGGCUGAUUUAGAAGGAGGUGAGGCCGGAGCAAGAGAAUCAUAGAGACCCCCAAGGCAGCCUCCCUUGUAGAGCGGAAUUUUGGAAUCGUAUACAUCUUUCCUUGUUUAAUGAACCACUUGCAGGCCACGAGCAGAUAUCCUGUGGGUCACUAGUUUGGGAAUGACAGUCGUCUUAACUUUUUCCGAAUAUCUGAAAUUUGGUUAGAUUCAGAGUGCCCCUUCCCUGAGCAGAAGGACCUGAGAUCCAUUGGAUCCCCUUACAGGAGGAAGAGAGAGGAGAGUUAGGGGGAUUUUUGUUGAUUCCCCCCAGGGCUACCUCCCACACUUCCCAGCGGAUCUUCCAGAGCAGAUUUUCAGGUGCUUGUAGCGGGGAGAAGGAAUCACUAAAAAUGGGAGCAUCCCAGGAGCAGAAUUCCACUCUUGGGAACUCUGGAUCCAGUGUUUUCAGUUAAUUAGAGGGUUUAAAGCCAACCAGUCAGUUUUAAUUUAAAUUGAGAGAUACACGUUAGGGAAUAUCAAAGGGACCAGGGAGGGAACCUUAAUGUUAAUGGCAAGAAUCGCAAGUAUAGGUUCUUUUCCAAGCCGAAUUCUGUUGUUUUAAGAUUAUUGUCUUGUUAUUAUUUCUUUGGUUUUUAAAUUUUUUUUAGGUAGAUUCUUCUAAAAUGUUUUCUGAGCCAUAUUGGAUUCCAAGUCAAAAUACGAGCUCGUCAAGGAAUUCCCACAAACUUCAGUUGAAACGAGGUACUUAACAAUUCCUUAAUCUUAAUUAAAAAUGUGAACUGUGCUGAUAACAAGACCACCAUGCAUGUCAUAGGGUUCUAAUACGCUGUGGGUUGUAUUCUGUCACCAUUACUCCAUUGAAUUGAUGUUUUAUUCACAUUGUUCCAUUGAUUUCUCAGGAAAGUGGGCUACUCUUUGGGAUAGCAUCCCAAUAUGUUUUGCAUUCAAAUCCUAAAUCAUUAUUUCAGUUCCAUGGGAAUUCAUGAGAUUUCUCUCUCAAGUAAUGGAUUUCAGAUCAUGUUAUAAGUUGCAGUUUUCACCCUUUCAUUUGCCGCUGGGGUAAAGGAAUUCUCCAGCACAACACUGCUGAGUAGUUUAGUACAUAAGAUACUAAUACAUUUUGUAUUAUUAUUAUUAUUAUUAUUAUUAUUAUUACAGUCAUACCUUGGAAGUCGAAUGGAAUCCAUUCUGGAAGUCCGUUUGACUUCCAAAACAUUCGGAAACCAAGGUGCGGCUUUUGAUUGGCUGCAGGAAGCUCCUGCAGCCAAUCGGAAGCCCCGUCAGACAUUCGGCUUCCAAAAACAGUUUGCAAACCGGAACAGUUUGGCAUUUGGGAGCCAAAACGUUCGAGAACUAAGCUGUUCGAAAACCAAGGUACGAUUGUAUUAUAAUAAUAAUAAUAAAUUUUUUUUAUUUAUAUCCCGCCCUCCCCAGCCGAAGCUGGGCUCAGGGCGGCUAACAACAAUCAAAAUAAUCCAACAUUCUAAAAACAUUCAUUAUAAAAUUAAUUAAAAUCAAAUUGAUGGCAACCAUUAAGCAAAAUUCUGUGCAGAUUGCCAGAGGAUUGCCAGGGCUGUGCCCUGACCAAAGGCCUGGUGGAACAGCUCUGUCUUGCAGGCCCUGCGGAAAGAUGUCAGGUCCCGCAGGGCCCUAGUCUCUUGUGACAGAGCGUUCCACCAGAUUAUAUUUUUACACCGCCCUAUACCCGCAGGUCUCAGGGCGUUUCACAGGAUAAAACCAUGAUAUAAAACACACAGAAUCAAAAUAAAAACAAGAACAACCCGAUGUAUUCAGCUGUAUUCAGAGGCAGUUCCAGAUUUAGUGGGCCCUGUUAGUUCUUUGUGCUUUUAUAUGUGUGUGAGGUUGGGGGAUGAAGGCAGUACCUUUGAGAGUGUGCAGAGUCCUUUCCCUUUCUCCAGCACAACCACAGCUCGUUUCAAACAUCCUGUGGUUAGAAGAAGGAACUUUUAGGGCAAAAGCGGCUCCUUCCAGAUAUCACCACCUGUUUCUUACAUUUGUGUAAUCUGCACCUGUUAAACACACCUGCAAAGAUUACUGCUGUUGAUGUGCUUGGGAAAUGACAGUUCCCGUGAGUGGGCUAGCUGGGCGAGCUACGUAUAUGGAUGGAUGGCAGGGCCCGUGAAGCAGUUGGAGGCAAAGCAGCGAAUCUAUUUUGCUUGCUUGUUUCUGUUCUAUAUUAGAAAUUGUGUUGACAAACCAACCAACAAACCAUAUGAAACCAUCAUUGCAUCUUUCCUCAGCCCUCUUUCCAUAUGUGAUACAUGCAACUAUAGGCAUUGUUUUAAUUCUUCAGAAUUGAUUUUUUUAUUUUUUAUUUCUUGCAGCGUUAUCGUACGAUAGCUGGAAGUCUGCUUGCCCGGCAGCAAAGGUAAUUUAAGAAGUGGAGUCUGUAGCAUCAUUUGCUGGUUAGGUUACUGGGUGUAUGACUUUAAUAAGACUAGAUGCUUGCCAUGUUGAGGUUAGGAAAUGACAAAUACUUGAGGAAAAAAGGCUAUUUAUCAGUGUCUGGCAAGGGCACACAGUUCAUGUAACUUUCCACAAGGCACGCUUUAUUCUGCACUAAAAGUGUGUAAAGCUGGUUUGGAUAUAAGUCUGCGAUUAUACUUCUGAACUGUCAUUCCCUGUGAAGAAUUGUCAGGUCUGUAGGUAGUUGCUCGCGAGUAAACAGCCAGAACUCCGGCCUGUCUUUUACAGGUUUUAUUUAGUGCAAACUAUAUACAGUUCAGAGAUCUGGCGGGAAGGUAAAUGGUGUUUCCGUGCGCUGCUCUUGUUCGCCAGAAGCGGCUUAGUCAUGCUAGCCACAUGACCCGGAAGCCGUACGCCGGCUCCCUCAGCCAAUAAAGCGAGAUGAGCGCUGCAACCCCAGAGUCGUCCGCGACUGGACCUAACAGUCAGGAGGUCCCUUUACCUUUACACUCAGAGCAUUCUGACUUAGCUCCUGCCUCUUUCUCAUCAAACAGCAAAGAGAAAGAAACAAAGGACAAUAGUCCUACAUUCCAGAACACAGUAGUACAAAACAUCCUGUCUCCGUCACUUCCCACUCUGUGGAAUGAAAACAUACACCGUCAUGUGAUAGACAACAAUCUCAUGACUGCAAACACGGAGCAAGAAUCCUAACAGGGAGAUCCGAUUGAGCUAAGAUAGGACUGCACCCUCCCUGAAUGAUCUAAGCUCAUGAUUUGGUGCUGUAUCUAUACCCAGUAUCAGUCCUGGCAUCUUAAGUUGGCGGCCAUGGCCCAAGAGUGCAUUUUACCACUGUCGCUUGAUCAGCAAGUUUGAAAACCUGGCUAUUUGGAGACACGCCUUGGCAACUUCUGGUCUGCACUACGUUCACAUUCCAUGGGCCUCUCUUGGAAGAAAGUUUGGAAGUUUUCACAUUGUUCAAAACGUGGCAGCCUGCUUACUAGCAUGAGCACACCAAGAGAAGCACUAAAUGUGUGCUUGGGGGGUCUGUAGUAGCUCCCAGUUUCUCUUCAGAGCACAAUUCAGAGCGCCAGGUUUACUCUUCAAGCCUUAAACAGCCGUGGUCUGGUUUGUUAUAGAGGUAAUCUUUCAUGUGUGCCUCCCUUUCCUCAUAUACAAAGACUGGUUGCUGAUGGUGGGGGGUGGGGUGGGGGGGAUGGACACAGAGCAUUGGUGUGGUAGACUUGGACUUUGUGAUGUUAGCUCAAAGUACCUCCUCCUAUGUUUUGUUACCUAUGUUGCAUUCUGAUCCAUGUUUACAACACACUCUUUUCUAUGCUGAGAAAGGAGAUUGAAUUGACUUUGUGACACAAGCGCUUGUUCUGAAAGUGGUAGAAACAUAUAGCUGAAGUACAGGAAAUGAUAUUUACCCUUAUCUUGUUGACUGGAAAUGUGUCCUCUAGGGGGUCCUUGGAGUUCUCUCCCUUUAUAGACAUCCCAACUCCUGGAAAACUGCUUUAUUACAAUCAAGUGGUAAUUUUAUUACAAUCAAGUGGGAGGGACGGGGGUGGUGCUGUGGUCUAAACCACUGAGCCUCUUGGGCUUGCCGAUCGGAAGGUCGGCGGUUCGAAUCCCCGCGACAGGGUGAGCUGCCGUUGCUCUUUACCAGCUCCUGCCAACCCAGCAGUUCAAAAGCAUACCAGCGUGAGUAGAUACAUAGGUACCUCUGCAGCGGGAAGGUAACGGCAUUUCCAUGCGCUCUGGCAUUCGUCACGGUCCUCCGUGUGGCAAUAGCAAUUUAGUCAUGCUGGCCACAAGACCCGGGAAGGCUGUCUGUGGACAAAUGCUGGCUCUCUCGGCCUGAAAGCGAGAUGAGCGCCUCACCCCAUAGUCGCCUUUGACUGGACUAAACUGUCCAGGGGUCCUUUGCCUUUUGUUACACACCACUCCUAUCUCCAGGCAGUGCAAGAUUCCAGGGGUACCAAGCGUGCUUCCCAGGGUCUGUGUUUCCUUUUGGACAGUGGAGACUAUGACACCUUUAUGAUAUAUGGUUUAUUGACAUGUAAAUACAACCUGGGUCUAGAUGGAGAAAGUUCAGAGCAUUUUCAUCCCAAGAGGGCCUCUUGCUUCUCCAAUAAGCAGAAGAGGCUUGAGUCUCGGAACAGAGAUCAGAUAUCAGCCAAGUUCUCUGCUUGUCCCAGCCAGCCCACAUGGUUCUCCAAACGAUUUCCUUUGCUUACAUCAUCCAUACUGAAACCCUACAUCCCUUAAACCCUUUUUGCCUCUGCCCACUAACACACAGCUGGAGGAGGGGUCCCACCCCUCUUCCUCUGGCAUAUUCCUCUGAAUUAUUACUUUGUCAUUUGGCUGUCUGUCUUUAUUUUUCCAAUCAAGUGGUACAUGAAUGUUGUGAAAUAAUAAUAAAUAAACCCUUCCUUUCUCCACAGGUAACCAGAGAGCUGGAUAUGCAAUACAGCUUGGAUCCUGGUUCAUCAUCACUUGAAACAAGGGAGCCUAUUGAUUUUGAUUACUCUCUUUCCCUUUGCCACAAACCUUCAUCGGACUCCUCAAAGCGCUACCGAUCACCAAGCCCAUGUGCGCGGUGGGCGUCUCCUCAACACAGGUGACCAUUCCUAGAUACUUAAGUGACAGGCGGCCAGCAUGUCUAGGCACCCCUGCCUCAAAAAUUCCUGGAAGUCAGUCGCGGUGACCGAUGUUGCUGUUCUUAUUUGCCAUCCUGUUUCCCAGGAUCAGCUGCCAACCCUACGGGGCUGUCAGAUUUCUAAUGCCACCAUACAAAUCUAGAGAGAUAAGUGUAUGGGACCAAUGGCCAUCAGGGACAGGCUUGAGUUAAAAACAGCCACAGCUUUGAUGACAAGUUACUGGGGUUUGGUGCAGCAUAGGACAACGUUCUGACCUUUGGGCUGCCCGAUCGUUGGCCAGUAUCUCCACCCCAGCCUGCCUGCUAGGUGACAUGGAGGAGUUGGCAACAGGAAAUUUCAACCACAGCAUGGGCUGCUUGGAUGGGGCCCAUGGAAACCUGGGAGUGUGGUUUCCAGGCCCCUAAGUGAGGCCAAGGCCUUAGUUCAUGGAGGAUACGGUCAUCAAUGGCUGCUAGCCACAGAGACUGGUAUCUGAAGUGGUAGGUCUCUGAAUACCAAAUUUUUGGUGACACCACGUGGAUUGCAGAGCAUCCAUCUCACUUUAAUUUGUCAGGCAUCCACCUUGCUGAUGUUGUGUUGAUAAAAAGACACUUUUUGCAUUUCCUAAGGCCUUUGGCAGUAUUUGUUUUUUAAAUUUAAUUUGCUGGUUUUGCAAAUUUGUAUAGUGGCGUGUUUGCUUUUUGUUGGUUGUGGAGGACGGUUCUUUUAACUGCAAAUUUUAAAAAAUGUGAGCCAUCCUUCGUUAGGCAGGAGGUAGAAUAAUUUCUUUGAAUAAUAGUAAAUAGGAGUGGAGGCGAUUGAAUGUAGAAGGUGCUAAAGUGCCUUUCACACAACACUUUAUUCGAGGCUUGAUGGGGGAUCUCUGGAGAAUUAUUAACAUCCAGAGUUUCUUCCUUGUGACAAGUUUAAGUGACAGUUCUCUGCUUCUUUUUCAUGCUGACUGGAGAACGCAAUGCAAUGAUGCUGAUCAGGAGAGAUUAAGAAGAAUAGGAGUUAUGUUCCAGGCAGGCCCCAUAAACAAUCCUGACCUUGUGGUAUAAAAAUAGCCAAGAAGUUCUGAGAGAAUUCCAUAUAUUUGGAUUCCUUUGCCAUUCCUUUGUCAAAGAGAUACUUUGGGUUCAUAGUCAGCACUUUGGCAACAGUUGGCCUCCUCUCCUCUGUUGUUCGUAGUAGCAAGGAGAGUCAUUCUACGGGUGGCUCUUGGUCCUAACUUGCAGAACUGAGAGGUCAGAGGUUGAAACAAUUCUCUGGCUGCCUAAUUUCACAGCUGUAAAAGAGGUUCAGAGGGCUUUUGUGAUGGUGGGGAGCGGAAAUGGGAACUGGCCGCUACUUGAUAAUACUUGUGUUACGUGAUGGGACUAUAUGGAGAGAAAUCAUAAAUGCUUAGUAUCAAGUGACUUGAGUCCCCUGACAUUUUUUUCAGAAUAUAUUCCAGCCCCAAUUCAAGCUGGGAAGAGAUUAACGAGAGAGUGAAAAACCUCCUAACUUCAGACGAGGCCAUACAAAGAUUAUCCUUUGUAAGUAUGAUGCGCUUUAAGCAGAACUGUUAUUGAUUCCUCUCGCUCCAGAUGCAAGAGUGAAGUCCUAUAAAGCCUUAUAUGGCUUUACAUAUUCUAUAAAACAGGAGUAGGUAUGCUGUGGUCUUCCACAUGGGUUGGUCUCCAGCUUCCAGCCGGCAGGGCCAAAGGUCAGGGAUGAUGGGACUUGUCAUUCGUGUAACACUUUGUCAACUUAUUUACCUCUGUUAAAUCAAAACAUUUCAGUCAACACUGGGGCUGCCAUACGUCUGGGAAUCAGACUGUCAAAAUGGCGUCUGGGCGGAUUUUUUGGGGAGAUGUCAACAAAGGUCAACAACUUUGUCCAGAUUUUCGCUUUUGGGAAUAUGGCAACCCUAGUCAACACUCGUUAACUGAGCGGAGUUGUGGUUUAAAGUUUUAGCUAAAGUUGCUCGGGGCCAAUCUAGAUGUUUCUCCGAUCAAUGGGCACAAUCAAAAAUGGCAGCAACACGCCUAGUUCCUUUCUCUCUCCCUAUGUGCUGCAACUUAGCUCUGCGACAUGACAUCCCACCCCUCCCCACCCCCUCAAUUUCAUUGGCUGCUGAUACUGGGAGACAAAGACUCAUCGCUUUGCCUAGAUCCUGUGUCCUUUUAGAUGUUCCCAUAGUUACGUGGCAGCCGUUUUUCUAUGAAUGGCUCCUAAGUGGGUUUUGUGGCGUUUACAUGACCCAACCAGAUGGAUGAGGGUUGUUCAUGUGGAUUAUGAGCAUGGGACCAUCUUGGGACCACCUUGAGAGUGCGCGGUGGCAACAGAUCCAUAUGGAAAACGACAAGGCCGGUUCUUGACCGCAUUUGAAUGUUGAAGGGAAUGUUUUCAGCAGCUGCACAUCUAGAGUAACAUCUGCUUUGGGCUUUAAACUUCUGUGUACCUUUCCCAAGCUGCCUAAUGCUAAACCCAAAGCCUGGCUCAAGAUACGCCAGCCCUCUACGACCUCAGCGGCUAAAGCCAACAGCAGCUAAAGAGGUUGUGACACUUUUGCCUGUUUGGGAGGCCUUGGCUAUUGCCAAGAUCAGUCAGUUGGGUGAUUCACAUAGCCUGUGGGUUAUCAAUAAUUAUUAAAACAAACAAGCACAGUUGGUAGAGCAUGAGACUCUUAAUCUCAGGGUUGCGGGCCCUACACUGGGCAAAAGAUUCCUGCAUUGCCAGGGGUUGGACUACAUGACCCUUGUGGUCUCUUCCAGCUCUACAAUUCUAUGGUUUUAAACAAGCAGAAAGCUCCUCAAACAGCCUUCAUUUCCCCCAACUAUGCAAAAUAAUCAUAGCAGAAGAAUGCAAAUAAGUUCAGUGCAAUUUUUGUCUUUGCAGAUAUACAAUGCCUCAAACUUAAAAAUGCAAGUGUAUCCUGAAAAUUGCAUGCACACAAUUGCAAAACCCAUAGGCACUUUUUGCACAUUGCAAGGAACAUAAAUGUGCCUCUCUGCUGAGCCUUUCCCCCCUGCUUUGGUUGUCUUGCAGAGGAAGGAGCUGCAGGUGUGCACUCUGUGGGACAUCAGAGCCCUAUAUCUUCACAGGUCCUCUCUGCCAAACAUCUGAUGGCUGGAAGGGGACCACAAGGGCCUGAUGAAAUCAAGUUGUGGUCCACAUCCAGCUUGUGGACGGGGAAUUCCCCACCCCUGAUUUAACUCUACCGAAAAGCCUUUUUUUCUGCUCAUAAUUUUUUGUGGCCAUUCAUCUCCCCCUCCAGGAUCUCAAUGUUAUGCCUUGUUUAAAUCAGAAACUGCUUUCACUCACUAAUUUCAAAGCUCCCAUGAUGGAGACACAGAUCCAUGUGAGUUAACCCAAAGUGACAUUACUUGCUGUUGUCUCUCCAAGAUGAUACAUUCUUCUAAUGAACCUUAAUAGAAAGGUACUUUGACCGACAGAGCUAGAGGACAGUGUCAUGCAUCAGUUGUUCCCAAACGUGCAGCGAUAAGCUUCUUUUAAUUCUCCUAGAACAGCUGAUAUAUUUGUUUUCAGCCAGGCACAUUUAGCAGCGCUGAUGACGAUGAACAACCCAAGUUUAACGGGGCAACUAUUUUGCAGGGAGCCACUGAUUCCGAAAUUGAUGAUGUCCUUGAAAGAAGGUCCAUCUCUUUGAGGAGUUCCCCACUGUGUGACUCAACGGAACAAAGAUACUGCUUGUAACUGCUGUCAUUGGCAAGGUAUGCUGCAUAAAGCCACCUCCUUCUCUCUCGAUUUAUUGGACUAGUCUAUUGCAGAAGGUUAAAAAAAAGCACUGGGAAGGUUAUAUAAAGCCUGCUACAAAUCGGUAAGAUAAACUAUUACAGCAGCAUUCCAGGCCCCGUAAGGUGCAAUUCUCACACCGACGUGGGUCAGGCAGGAUGAGAGUGAUUGCAGUGGUAUCUGGCUUAUUGCUAGGACCUGUCUGGUGCUCUGCUAUGAAGAUGCUGUUGUCCCUCGUGUCCCGCCAUUCAUUUAAAGAGCAUGCAAGAAACCCAGACUUGGCAAUGGGGAAGCCCUGCAGCUUCCACCACCUUCCACACUGUCUCACUGUCCGAAAGUUCUUCCUGGUGUUUAGUUGAGCUCUCCUUUCUUGUAACUUGAAUCUGUUAAGUCAGAGGUUUUCAGCCUUUUUGAGUCCACGGCUCCUUUAACCAACUACAUUCUUUCUGCGGCACCCCUGUGGGGCUCAGGAGCCCAGUUAAGCCACCCCUUGCCUGCAGAGCUGGCAGCCUCUCACCCUUUUUCAAACACCCUCCCUUGUGCAGUGUCCCCUCAGCCUCCUCUCCCCUCUCCUUUUUUUAAUAUAUAUAUUUUUUAUUAGUUUUUAACAUAUCAUUUUCAACAGUAAUUAAACAUACUUUUACAUCUUAUUCAAUUUUUUUGACUUCCAUCAGCCCUGACUGAAAAUUUUCCAGUCUAAUCUCUUAGUAUGCAUUUCUUAAUUUUUCCUAUUACAUUUCAAUCUCAUAACCAAUAUCUCUUAUCUUUUUCUAUUUUGUAACACAACUACUAGCGUAAUUUGUUGAUUACAGUUGCUCUUCAAGUAAUUCAUAUACUUCUUCCAAUCUUCUGUAAAUCUCCGGUCUCGCAGGUUUCGAAUCCUUCUUUUCAUUUUGUCCAAUUCUGCAUAGUCCAUUAAUUUCGUCUGCCAUUCUUCUUUCGUCGGAAUUUCUUCUUGCUGCCUUUCCCCUCUCCUUUCGUGUGUCCAGAAAAGCAGCAUACAAAAUUUAUUAUAAAUGAAUGAAUGACUGAAAUAAACAGGACUGGCUAGCACCUUUCGCAAACUAUAAAUGGAUGCAUGCCCCAGAAUCCAUGGUAAAAGGUGAAAAUUCUUAAGUACCGGUAGAUGUGCAGAAGGUUUUCUACAAUACAGUGGUACCUCGGGUUAAGUACUUAAUUUGUUCCGGAGGUCUGUACUUAACCUGAAACUGUUCUUAACCUAAAGUACCACUUUAGCUAAUGGGGCCUCCCGCUGCUGCCACACCGCCAGAGCACAAUUUCUCUUCUCAUCCUGAAGCAAAGUUCUUAACCUGAAGCACUAUUUCCGAGUUAACUGAGUCUGUAACCUGAACCAUAUGUAACCUGAAGCGUAUGUAACCCAAGGUACCACUGUAGAUUGUUAAUAAGGGUCCCUGAAACUGGACAAUUGAAAACUACUUAUCUAGAAUAUGGAUUUUUAAAAAUAAAAUAGUGUUUACACCACCUUGAGGGCUUUGGCUGUGAGUCCUGAAAGACUGGCUCCCUGAGCAGAUUCAUUGCCUGGGGUGUUAUUUAGGCGGAAGGGAGGUGCAGGGUUGUUGCUGUUGCUAAUUUUUGUAUUUUUGUUUUGGAUCUUACAAUUUUUUGUGGAAAUAGUUUAAUUUGGUUGUGUGCUUUUUGAUGUUUUAUUUAUUGCUUAUGGCUUGUAACUCUCUCUUUUUACAUCACAAAAAGAUCCCUUGCAGCAUUAAGAGAGUGAGAGAUUCUUGUGAUAUAAAAAGAGACUCUCCCCUCCCGCAGAAUCUCUCCCCUCCCGCAGUCUCUACUUAGAUCCCAAUCAUUAACCCAGUGAUCCAGUUGUCAUUGUUCUCUCUGCUAGCUGGCAGAUAAUUCUCACUGCCCCAGAGUCUAACCCUAGCACAACUGUAAAUAAGUGAAGCAGUCUCCUCUUUUAAGUAACUUCUAUGGUAAGUAACCGAGCUGAGAAAUCACUGUGUUUGUGCAAAACUCAUCAGACAAUCCCAUAAUAACUAUUAUGUUUGUACUUACGUAAUUUCUUAUAUAUUGUAAGCCGCCUUGAGCAUGGUUUUAACAGCGUACAAAUAAAACGAUUAACUGAUGCUUAGCUUGCAGUCUUCAUUGAAGAACUGCAUUCAGAGUACUGAUGUUACAGUUCCCUUGCAAAACAAAAACAAAAAUAGAAGAGGAUAUACGGGUUUGUCCAAGCAUGACAUUUCUCUGUAAUAUUUUAUCAGUUUCCCCCAUCCUGUAGUAACAGACAAUUUAACGCCUUUUUUCCAGAAAGAAUACAGCAGCCUUGGGAUAUCGACCUGAAGACCCAUUCCUGGCAAGAUUUUUGUUCUAGAGCUAACUGAUGAAUGGUUUAUUUUCUGUGUGAUGUUAUGUCUAAAUUGGUUUGAAAACAACACUCUGUAUUGUAGUGCUGAUUAAAGGUUUGAUUUAUACAUUUUCAAACAAGUGCAAGCCUAUCAGCUUAUUGUGGGUUGAUGUCAUGGUCCUAUUGAUGGUGCUAUAUACUUCUUUAAGAUUUUGGCUGCUGAAAGUAUUUUCCAUGAAAAACCUACUUGGAAUUAUGUUACCACUCAGGACUGUGUCCUCAGUGUAAAGCUUAGUUUUAGAAAUUUGGAAGCGAAUACCAUUUUGAAUUGAAUAAAGGAGUGGGGAAAGAGUUUGGUUUCGUGCUGGUAAGAUGCACAGCAAACUUUGAAGAACCACUCUAGGAUAAAUUCAAGGUCCACUGAGCAGCCCUCUCCUGGCUCCACCCAGUUCUGCAGACUCCGCCCACCCAAAUUACAGGUAAGAGGAUGCUACUGCCAGGGGUAUUUCUGCUGGUAGGCAGCAUAAAUCCCUCGCCAUUUAUAUUCGUGCAGCUGGUUCUUCCCGCCUAAGUUUAGGAUGUUACAUUUGCCCCAACUGAAAUUCAGGGCCUCAAGGAGGUUAGACUGGUCUUGGCCAGCCUGGUGGAACACCCUGCCACAAGAGACUAGGGCCCUGCGGGACUUGACAUCUUUCCGCAGGGCCUGCAAGACAGAGCUGUUCUGCCAGGCCUUUGGUCGGGGCCCAGUCUGACCCCUCUUUUCCUACGAGACCCUAUAUAUAAGAGGCCUCUCAUCUCACCAGCUCAUAUAAAUAGCUGAGCCUGCUGAAUACCUAAGGUUCCCAACCCCUAUAGUCAUAAUUUGUGGGUUGCCUUCUGAUCUUGUUUGAUUUUAAUCUGAUUUUAAGCUGUAUUUCAUUUUUUUUAAUAAGAUAUUUAUUAG